GAGCGCCUCGACACACACGCCUAUCAGCAAUUAUCAGCUCCGGUCCCUAUCUCCACGCGACCAAGGGCCACGGGAGAACAAGAAAGAAGUCCAAAAUCCCGGAUUUACUUGAAAGGACUACUGCGUUGUGAAGCGCCUGCAUACUUUGGAGUCACUCUUCGCUUUCCUUCCACAACGUUUGCCUGCGGGGUGCUCUCCUUUGGGUGAUAUUUGGAUCCUUCCAGGGUUUGGACGGAUUUGUUUCUUUUUAUCACCUGGUUGGCCUUAUCUGUUUCACUGGUGUUUUGCCGCAAGCUGGGUAACGAUCGAAGGAGCGUGGAGAAGAUCUCCCGCGCACGAAGGACUCGGACAAAAUUAUUUUUAAUAUCAAGACGUGCAAAAGGAGAGGAAAAUGUAUCAAAGCCUGACCUUGACGUCCAACCAGUCCCCUUACACUCACGACGCCGGGAAUUACAUGCACCCGUCUGCCAACUCGCCCGUCUACGUCCCUACCAGCAGGGUCCCGAGCAUGCUGCCCACCCUCCCGUACCUGCAGACCUGCGAACCGCCUCACCAGUCCCACGGACUCGGGACACACCACCACCACCACCAUCACUCCCACCACGGCUGGCCCCAGAGCACCGUGGACGGCUCGUCGUUCGCACCCAGCAGUCCUCACCCCCCACACGGCUUCUCGUACUCGCACAGCCCGCCGCUGAGUACCAACACCGGACGGGAUGCAGCCUACCAGAGCUCGCUCGUGCUCGGCAACAGCGGCCGGGCGGACCAGCUCAGCGGGGCCCUGGUGCGUCCAGUGGGAGGCUCUUACACCAGCCCGUACGCUUACAUGAGCCCUGAGAUGGCGACUUCCUCCUGGACGCCGGGACCGUUCGAGAGCGGAGUGAUGAGCCUGCAGGGCCGCCAAGGAGGCAUGUCGACCCGGCGCUCCAGUCUGGAUCUGGUGGAGGACAUGGCCACCGAGGGCAGGGAAUGCGUCAACUGCGGCUCCAUCUCCACACCCCUGUGGCGCAGAGAUGGCACGGGCCACUACCUCUGCAACGCCUGUGGCCUCUACCACAAGAUGAACGGGAUCAACAGGCCGCUCAUCAAACCUCAGAAACGAUUGCAGACCACAUCUCGCCGAGCUGGCCUGUGCUGUACCAACUGUCACACGAGCACCACUACGUUGUGGAGACGUAACGCGGAGGGAGAACCAGUGUGUAACGCCUGUGGUCUCUACAUGAAAUUGCACGGGGUGCCGAGACCUUUAGCCAUGAAGAAAGAGAGUAUACAGACAAGGAAGCGCAAACCCAAGAUGCCCAAGAACAAGUUAUCAACAGGAGCACCCAUCAGCUCAAACAGUCGGUCGCCAUCGACACUUUCGGCAUCUGAGCACGCCUCAACCAUCAAGAGUGAACCCAGCAUGACCUCCUCACCUUACGCCGGGCAAACCGUCACGUCUGCCUCCCAGACGGCUACCCAGCUGAACGUAACUACAGUGUCAUCAGCACAUAUGGACAUUAAAUAUGAGGAUUAUGCCUUUACUCCAGCAUCAAUGGCCCCACAGAACUCCUGGUGCGCUCUAUCUCAAGCAUGAGGCCUAAAAAGAAAAGGUCACCCAGUCUCACUGUCUUACCGGCCGGGACAUAUAAAUGAGGACAGCUGAGACAGCGUGAUCCACUUGCAAUGUACGACCGGGCCCUGCAACUUACAUGAGUGUCAAGGAACCUCCAAGAUCCAGGAUGCAGCAUACCUGGAUUUCACAAACAACUACCUUUUAUGGAGCAAGGAAAUGCACCAAUACAAAGACAGUCACAUGACUCAUAAAGCCUGAAACACACAACUGGAUAUUAAAUCCAUAGCAUUUUUUUUUAAAGUUGUUAUUGCUGUGUUUAAGGAACACAAUAAGGACAUUACUGUCACUGCAGAAAAAAAUUGACAGAAAAACUUUUUAGUUUUAUGGCUGCUGAACACAACUCAGCAUGUAGAUGAUUGACUUUUAUAGGCGCAUUAUUUAUGUUGAGAUAAGGGCAGUUAAGGCAUAGACAAUAUCGUUUGACACCGCUUCCCCCUGUGGGUCGGCCAUGUUGCGUGACCUCCAUGCGGGGCUAUGUGAGCAAUUCGUUUGUGAGAUAUGACGGUAAUCAAUAAAUCCCCAAUUGUUCGUUUUUAGGUGUUGUGAGUACAUAUCAGAGGUUUGCCCUAACGAUUGACUAUAAAGGUGCAAUGGCUCCAUUGGAAAAAAAAAACAGUGAAAUAAUUAUUAAACUAAUGUCACUUCAUUGUAUGUAUUUUGUCGAGGAUGAAAGCUGUUUGUUGUUGUAAUAUUUUAAAGCGUAUUUCACCUUCUGUUUCUUCUCUCUUAUCAAAGUCCUUUGAAAUUGGUUCAGGAUGAACCGAUUUACUAUUUAUUAAUUUGACUGAUGGAAAAAGAAUGAAUGUAAUAAAAAGUAAAUCUCA